AUGGAACGUUAUAAAGCAUCAAGUCAAGUAUCUAUUGAUAAAAGAUCCAACGCUACUAAAGACAGUAGUAUUCUAUCAGUUAAUAAACAUAAUCAAGCACAAAAUGAAAUUGAUAAUCUUAUUGAACAUGGAAUUCUUGAAUCAAUAUAUAAAUAUGAUUCCAAACUUGAUUUUAUUUAUGCACCAAUUAUUAGUCUUGAUCAAGUUAUUAAACAAACUCGUCGACAAACAUGUGGACUUAUUUGGAAUUCAAUUCGAUCACCAAUGAUAAGUAAAUUAGUAUAUGAUGGUCAUUAUUGUGGUUUUGUAGAAAUUCUUCAAACACCAAAAGAAUGGUCACGUUAUGAUACGGAUCUUCUUUUGCUUAAAGUUCGACAUAAGAAUUUUCUUAAUGGACUUGCUCUACGCGAUGAAUUUGUUCGUGUACUUAAAAUUAUUCUCAAACGUGAUUUUAAUGAAGAAAUAAAUACUGAAAAAAAAUAUUCUUAUGAAUUAAAAGAUGUUGAUUUUACACGAAAUAUGAUACAAUUAGUAUUUAAUAAUCGUUAUGAAUCUGAAUUAACUCUUAUUAUAUCUUUAAUACUUUUAGUUGAAUUUGAUAUAUCUUGUAUAGAUUUUUUUCAUGAUACAUAUACAUCACUUUGUAAUCAUAAUGAUUUUAAUGAUUAUUUAAAAUAUCAUCCAGAUGUAAAUCGUACACGUUUAACACCAUAUAAUUCAAUAAAAUUUCUAUUUGAUUACAGUUUAAUGGAAGCAAAUUUAUGUGAAUAUUUAUUACAAAAAUCAAGUCCAUUAUCAUCAAUGUUAACAGGUUUUUUAAAAUUACGAAAAGAAUGGUUAAAAUAUGUUCAACGUGCAUCAAAAUAUGCAUCAGAUACAAUUAAAAUGCAAAUACAUUCAGAAAAACAUCGUCAAUCAACAUGUUCAGUUAAUUCAAUACGAUCAGGAACAUCAAAUACAUCAACAAUGCAUAAAAUUACACAAAAUAAAAUUCCAUUAUCAACAGAAAUUGAAGUAGCAUUUGAAUUUCUAUUUUCUAUAUCAUUACUUCGUCUUUUAUUUAUAACUGUUUGUACAAAAUAUAAACAAUUUGGUGCAUCAUAUGAAAAUGAUAUAGCAUAUGCUAUUGAAAAAGCUUUACAAUUAUUUGGUGAUGCUUUAGAAAAUAAUUAUCUUGAACAUCCAUUUCUUAAAAAUGUGAAUUUUUUACCAGAUUGUUUAUUAACACAUGAAAUAAGUGCAUCAUCCGCUCUUCUUUGCCGGCCUCCAAUGACCGAGAGUUAUUUAACUACAGAUAUUAUUGUUAUUAUUGUUCUAGUCGUCGUAUUAAUUUUAAUUGGUGCAUGUGCUUUUUUUACACAUUUUUAUUGGACAAAAAUUGGUGUUGCUGAAAUAUGGAAUACAGCAAAAUGGAGUUCAAUGCGUAGUUCAUUUUAUAAUACAAUGCGUCGUUUUAGUGCAGCAAGUACUAAUAAAUUUAGUUCUGAGCGACCAUUUUCUGCCGAAUCCGCUUAUUCGGAUGAUCCAGAUGGUAGUGCACUUCCAGCUCCAUUACGAAAUAAAAAAUCAAAUCUUGCUAAUCCUUCAAAUAUUCAAUCAUCUUCAACAUUACCCACUCAACCAAAAUCUAAUAAUAUACGUCAAGCAUCAAGUAAUCAAGUACAGCCGGUUUCUGUUGUAUCAUAUAAUAAAUCCGGAAGAACCAAUUACGCAACUAAAAUAGGACAAUCUCCCGAAAAUACAAAAAUUCAUAAUAUUCACGAAGACGAUGAUAGACAUCGUGAUGGAUCUGUUGUUAUUGAAACAAAUCGUUUUUAA